GCUCAACUCAGGUUCAGAGGGGUCUGGAGAAACUCACCACUGCUCAAGUGGACCAAAAGACAGCUGAGGUGGUGCAGUACUUCUUGAUGAAGGACCAAAAAAAGAUCCCAGUACGCCGUGCAGAUCUUGUAAAAUAUGUGGUGAAGGACUACAGAACCAUCUACCCUGAGAUCAUAAAGAGGGCAGCACAAACGUUCGAGCAGGUGUUUGGCUUGAAACUGGUUGAAAUUGAUCCCAAACUUCACAUAUACAUACUGGUGAAUAAUUUGGAAGUGGCUACAUCAAGAGCUUCACCAGUCAAAUGCCCUGUCAAUCCAAAGAUGAGUCUCCUGUUUGUGGUCUUGAGUGUCAUUUUCAUGAAAGGAGGAAUUGUUAAAGAAAAUCUCAUCUGGAAUACUCUGAGGAAACUCCGUGUUGAUUCUGGGCAAAAGCAUGAAGAGUUUGGUGACGUGAAAAAAGUUGUCACUGAUGAGUUUGUGCGUCAAAAGUACUUGGAGUAUUUACGAGUCCCGCACACAGAACCUAUAGAGUACGAGUUUCGCUGGGGUCCACGAGCCGACGUCGAGGUGUCCAAAGCCAAAAUCCUGGAGUUUAUGGGUGAACUUCAUGAACAGGAUCCUCGGAGCUGGACUCAGCAGUACAGAGAAGCUCACUCCUCCCAGAACUCCCAGGCCAGCAGCAGCUCAUAGAGGAAACUUUUAAAAACAUGUUAUCAUUUUAUAUCAGUACUGUUUACAUUCCAUUUUAAACUAAAUACAUUUCAGAUUACUUUUAAGCAUCAAACUCAUGAAACGCAGAGUUCUGUGGGACAUGAGGUCGUCUCAGACAAACAGAAGGACUGCAGGCGUGUUCUGUGGACAGUCUGGGUUUCUGUUGGA